AUGUGCUUUGCCACACCUGACCCCGACUUCCUCGAGGAACUUGAUCGACGUCUCUGCGCUAUCGAAGCCGACCCAGUACCCAAGUGCCUGCAGCCCCUGCGUUUCGAUGAACCUGUGGUCGAGUUGAGCUGCUCCGACAACGACACCGAGGAUGAAGGCUGCGAAAUCAUGCGAGAAUCGAUGCGCCAGGCCGUGAUUCGCGUAUAUGCGAGUGCCGGAAUAGAUUUUGUUGCUGUUGAAGCUAAGCGAGAGGCGCGAAGGCUUGCGAGGGAGAAGAGAUGCGAAGCCAGGGCAGCCGAAUCGAAUAGUACUAAGUCUGCGCUUCCACCAUCGAACGACCAUGUUACCAGGCCCUCUAGCAGUGCUACCGAAGCAGGCACGGACGGACAGCAGGCCACGCACCAGAAGCGAAAACGGCAAACUGAGGACGAGGAAGAUCAGCCUCGUCGCAAGGUCGCCAAACCCAGCGACACAACCACGGCUCGACCAAAGCGACGAACUCGCCCAUCGUUGAAGCCGCACGCUUCAUAUAGUCCUCCGCAAACACCUUCACCGACCGAAAGAGAACAUACGCAAGGACAAGCUGGCUUGGCGUCAUCUCCCGAGUCUCUCAUCGUGCAACAGCCAACACCCGAGCUCGACAGCUACUCGAAGCUCGAGAGGGGUCAGGAAUCGCCGACUGUAGGAGCGGAAUUGUCAGUAGGAUGA